CCCAGCUUUUUGGAAAUCCGAUGCGUGUCUCCGCUGCUGUAUCGCUCUUUGCAGUCCAAUGCACCCUGCAGGUAAUGUCCGCUGGUGCGGAAGAACCCCGCUGCGUCAAAUGGCGCGCCACAUCUAGCUGUGACCCCCAAGGACCCCGGGACAGUUGGUAUGAUGCAUCCUGCAGCACCACCAUUGGGCAUGGAAGUUCGGGGUUCUGCGAGUGUGAAAAUCGCCGCCGCGUGCGCGAGGUGGGCUGCGAUCACCACUCUUUCACGUGCGAAGACGCGUGUAAGAAGGAUGCCUCCUCCGAACUCCAUUACCCUGCUGGCUUGGAGUACGUCACAUGCGGCAGCACGAUCAAGUUGGUUCACGACGAAAGUCGGUUCCGGUUGCAUUCGCACGAAGUCAACUACGGCACGGGCAGCGGGCAACAAUCUGUGACGGCGCAUGGCUCUCGCGACGACUUUAACAGUUACUGGCUUGUCAAGGAAGGCGACGGCGCCACACCUUGCGCCCUUGGUGCAAAGAUCAUCUGCGGGUCCACUAUUCGUCUGGAGCACGUCAACUCGCGACGGAACUUGCAUUCGCACGACUUUGCAUCGCCCUUGUCGAGCGGUCGCUUUGCCGAAGUGAGCGGCUUUGGGGUGGCCGGCGACGGCGAUGGCGGCGACUCGUGGACCGUCGAGUGCGACAAUGCGCAGCAGUGCCAAGCCAGCGACAAGGACUGCCACACCAGCGGCAUUCCGUCGUGGGGGCGCGACGAACUCGUGCGGUUGCGCCAUCUCGUGAGCGGCAAGUACCUGCGCACGGACCACGGCGUCCGGUUCGACCAGUCCAACUGCCCUCGCUGUCCAAUCAUCGGCCAGCAAGAAGUGAACGCCGGACCGUCGGGGGAUGCCAAGGCGCUGUGGUUUGCUGGCGAAGGCAUUUACAUGGGCGGCUCCGACUAACAACAUUAAUGGAACCUCGAACAAUAUAUGAAUCCCGUUGAUCAAGGCCACCA